GGUCUUCUUCCUGUUUACAAAGUACGUCACGACUGCAUUUAAAUUGCCCCGCCCCCUCCCCGGUUGACGGCAAAAUGGCGUCGCAGGACUGUGAUGCUCUGAACAUGGACCCUGACAUGGAACUGCUCAGUGACGAAGAAUUAGAAAGGGAAGCAGAGGGCUUCAAAGAGCAGGGCAAUGCCUUUUACAUCAACAAGGAUUAUGCAGAAGCCUUCAAUUAUUACUCCAAGGCCAUAGACAUGUGUCCGAAGAAUGCGAGUUACUAUGGAAACCGGGCAGCCACGCUAAUGAUGUUGUAUCGGUACAGAGAGGCUUUAGAAGAUUCCCAGCAAGCAGUACGCCUAGAUAACGACUUCAUGAAGGGACAUCUGCGAGAGGGCAAAUGUCACCUGUCUCUUGGCAACGCUAUGGCUGCAAGCCGCUGUUUCCAGAGGGUUCUGGAGCUGGAGCCCGACAACAGCCAGGCCCAGCAGGAGCUAAAGAAUGCCGAAUCAAUCCUGGAAUAUGAGAAAAUGGCAGAGAUUGGCUUCGAGAAGAGAGACUUCCGGAUGGUUGUCUUCUGCAUGGACCGCGCCUUGGAGGCCGCCGCGGCCUGUCACAGGUUCAAGAUCCUGAAGGCCGAGUGCUUGGCCCUGCUGGGGCGCUACGCAGAGGCUCAGUCCGUAGCCAGUGAUAUUCUGAGGAUAGAUUCUACCAAUGCAGAUGCACUGUACGUGCGUGGUCUUUGUCUGUAUUAUGAGGACUGCAUCGAGAAGGCCGUCCAGUUCUUCGUCCAGGCCCUGCGCAUGGCUCCGGACCACGACAAGGCUCGGCUCGCAUGUAGAGAUGCCAAAGCACUAAAAGCCAAGAAGGAGGAAGGGAACACGGCGUUCAAGGAGGGAAACUAUGACGCAGCCUAUGAGCUGUACUCUGAAGCACUAACAAUAGACCCCAACAACAUCAAGACUAACGCCAAACUGUACUGUAACAGGGCCACUGUGGGAUCUAAGCUGAAGAGACUAGAACAGGCUAUUGAAGACUGCACGAAGGCCAUUAAACUGGAUGAGACCUACGUCAAGGCCUACUUAAGGAGAGCACAGUGCUACAUGGACACGGAGCAGUACGAGGAGGCGGUGCGAGACUACGAGAAGGUUUACCAGACGGAAAAGACAAAAGAACACAAGCAUCUUCUGAAACACGCCCAGCUUGAGUUGAAGAAAAGCAAGCGGAAAGAUUACUACAAAGUUCUUGGGGUGAAUAAGAACGCCACCGAAGACGAGAUCAAGAAAGGGUACCGCAAACGGGCCCUUUUACAUCACCCAGAUCGUCACAGUGGAGCUAGUCCUGAGCUGCAGAAGGAAGAGGAGAAGAAGUUUAAGGAGGUGGGCGAAGCCUUCAGCGUGCUUUCAGACCCAAAGAAGAAGUCGCGCUAUGACAGCGGUCAGGACCUAGAGGACGAUGGCAUGAACGUGGGAGAUUUCGAUGCCAACAACAUUUUCAAGGCAUUCUUUGGGAGCCCGGGAGGCUUUAGUUUCGAAGCAUCUGGACCGGGGAAUUUCUUCUUCCAGUUUGGUUAACUGGAGGAUUGGAGGUCCACCUAAACAGUUACUACAUCAGGACUUCAACAAUGUCACACCCGCCGACCCACCAUCCAUAUUUAAUGACUGAAUGCAAGUCCAAACCCUAUCAAAUUAUGUUUUAAAGCCCUAAGCGAGGACUCCACGAUGGCACAGACUGAGUUGAAAUAGUAUUACUGGUUUUAGAUUUGGUUUCCGGCCUUUCAGAAUGAAACAAACUAACAAGUCAGUUAUGUGCUGCAACAGAGGUCCAUAUAUUAUCUGGAUUUUUGCGAUGCCAGAGAUUGCGCAGUUAUUGUAUCCAAGCUUUUAGGAGUCCGUGCAGGAAGGGACAUCCGGGGGAAACUCUUGAAAUGCAACUGAGGUUCUCUGAGAUUCUCUGCAUGAAAGCUAAUAACUUGCUUAAAGAUCCCUGAGCAAGUGGCAUCUACCCCAUUUGAAGAAUAUGUGCGACAGACCGUUGGCCACUACAAGUUCACAAUGAAAACUGCCUCCUUGUCAUAAGGCAACAGGAGCACUUGAGCAUUUUUUUUUUAUUGUAUCAUUUCACAGCUUGAAGCUGAAGCCGAGACCUUCAUUUACACUACAGCUGAAGCCCAUUAGGAAGAUGCCAGCGGAGGCAGCUGUGCCAGCAUUGUAGCCAGCAAAGCCCCCCCCUCCCUUUUCAGGUUUUGUUUAAUGUUGCCAUUCACAGAGUGCUCCAUUGUACAUUUUACUGGAAUGUCAAGUGUUUAUUUGUAAUGGUAUUUUUUCCUUUUUUUUUUUUUUUUUUUUAAUUUUUACAACGUGUAUUUAUUGUAAAUUUGCUGUGUGAUUGAUCGAGAACCGUCUGUGUAAGAUGACGAUGCCUUUCUGUUGUUUGGGAGAGACGUUGAUGAUUAGCAUCCUUGGAGCUUGUUCUGCAUGAAACACUGCGCAGAAAUGGAUAAUCAUUUGUGUGUUCUUUGACUGUAAUGCAAGCGGUCUAGUUUGAGUCGACAGAUGCGCAAAAGAACAGAUUACAUGGUUUGCUGGUGUCCAAGUUACAGGGUGGUGGAAACGAGUCUGUGUUCGGUUCACUUCCGGAUGAGUUUGUUGUUCUCUUGGUGGACGUCACGAAGAAAAGAAAAGCGCCUCCAUCUUUGCCCUUAUUAUUUUUGCUCUUAUGGUGAAUCUCUCUCCUUGAAAAGUACCAGCCGUGUCAAUAAAUAGGUCUCCUCUGGGUUUCCCCUAAAUUGUG